CGCUCCCCGCAACGCCCCUAGUUGUUCCUUUUGUGAUUGAUGCAAACAGUCAGCCCACCUAUGCCUUUUCUGCGAACCCAGCAAAUUUGUUAGGUGUGGCGGUGUUGGGGUGGGGCUGCGCCGCGGCCGGGACGGUGCUUGGCUUGCGAGAAGACUGCAAAGCCAAGCUGUCCGCUUUGUUGCGCUUCAAGUCUCCGUCUCUGUCGGCUCUCCGGUUCCUUUCGGCUCGCCGCUGCGGUUAGGGAAGGGUUGCGGGGGGUUUGUCAGCCCAGCCGUCUGCUAGUCCAAACCCUAGACCCAGCCCAAACGCACGCAAUGUCUCGGUUUAGUGUUGCAUUUGCGCUGUUUGUCGUCGUCUCCGUGUUCUUGGACUGCCACCGCCAAGCAGAGGCCGCCGCCGCGCACCUCCACAACCAAGAGCGGGUGUCUGACGGCGGCUUUGUGCCCGAGGAGCACGGUCGCAUUCACAGGGAGCAUCAAAGUCACGCAGAGUUCGAUCAUGAGGCUAUUCUGGGAACUGUCAAGGAAGCAGAAGAAUUUGACCACCUGUCUCCAGAAGAAUCCAAGAAACGACUCCGUGUCUUACUGAUCAAGAUGGACGUGAAUGCAGACCAAAAUAUCGACAGAUCUGAGCUUCAUGCAUGGAUUAUGCGGUCUUUCAAGAUGCUUUCAGAAGAGGAAGCUAAUGAAAGAUUUGAAGAUGCUGACGAUGACAGCAAUGGUUACAUUACUUGGUCUGAAUAUGCCAAAAAUUCAUUUGGUGAUGACACUGAUUUCUCUGACGAUCACCUGGAGGAAAAUAAGCUCAUCAAAAAUGACAAGAUCAUGUUUGAUGCUGCAGACAACAACAAAGAUGGAAAACUAGAUCAAGCAGAAUUUUUAGUUUUCCAAUUUCCUGAAGAAAACCCUGCUAUGCAUCCUCAUUUGCUUGCUCAGACCUUAGAGGAAAAAGAUAAAGACAGUGAUGGAUUCAUCAGUUUUGAAGAAUUUCUUGAUCGCAAAGAGACUGAUUCUCCCGAGAAAGAGUAUCUAAUUGUGCAAGAGCAAAAGUUUAAUGGUGAAUUUGAUAAGGAUGGUGAUGGUAGGCUGAAUUCUGCUGAAAUUUUAUCUUGGAUUACUCCAAAUAAUGAAGACAUUGCCAAGGAUGAAGUCGACCAUCUUUUUGCAAGUGCGGAUGACGACCAUGAUGAUUUCCUUUCUUUUGAAGAAAUUCUUGAGCACCAUGAUGUCUUUGUAGGAAGUGAAGCUACUGAUUAUGGUGAUCACUUGCACAACAUGCAUCUCUUUGAUGAGCUGUAGUCUUUUGACGUGCUAGGUAAUCUCUUAACACUUUCCCAUCAAUCAAUCAUUUUAAUAUUGAGCCCUCAAGGAAUCUUUCAAGUAAGGUAAGACUGGUGCUUCAUGGAUUAAUUAAGGUGAUUUAUCACUCAAGUUGAGCUUUUAAGAUGAUUUAUCAUUCAAGUUGAGCUUUAGGGUAGUAAUAGAAUUGAGGAUGAAUUCUCAAAAUAUUUAGCUACGUAAUCAUUUGUUCAAAUUAUUGCUCUCUGUUCUAGAAAAGAUCACUGUCAUUCUUUCACUGUUUCAUUGAGGUCACCUUGCUUACCAUUUUAUGUAUUUUCAGAAGCUAGUCAGAUGGUUCCUUGUCAUUUUAAGUUGGCUUUGGACCAAGAUGUGAUGUACUAGUUUUGUAAGGGUGGCUGAUAAGUCUGAUUCAUUUCUUAAUGCACACUUACCUAUGGUAUAACGAGCCACAAUAGUUAGUAUUUUUACAUUUUAAAAGACAUACAUAUUAAGAAAGUAAUUUUAUUACUCUCUGCAUUUGCACUACUAAGGUGCUCUUAAAUGUUGCCUUUUCUUCUCCUUACUUCUUUAUUAAUUUAUUUUAUUUAUUAAUGGAGGUGCCAAAACGUUUUUAGUACGUGACUAUUAGGGCAAACCUGUGAUGUGCUUAAGAAAGUCCUUCCUGACUGCUGUUUGGCAUGUUUAGGUUGUGCCAAAUGUGUUUAGUCUAAAGGAUUGUGCUUUCCUUAGUGAGAAGAAUUGCCAAAAGUUCAGGAAGGAGGAUGAAAAACGUAACAAAAUAUUUUUUUUGUCUUUUUAUUUUAUUUGAAUCUUACAAAGUAAAAGAUACCAAAUGUAAACUUAAUUUGGUUUUCUAAAAUAAAAAUGAGUUACUUAACAAUGUCAUGUACAGAUUCUCAAAUUAGCUCCAUAGGGUGUGAUGUAAUAACUUCUACCUAAUUUGUACUUUCUCACAACUGAUAGUGUUGUUAACAUACUGUAUUAUACCCGUAACUCACACCUGUACCACCUAUAAAACUAAGGUUGCAUUUAAGUAGGAAGAGAAAAUUAAAACUAAAACAGCUCCUGUUAGUUUCAUAAGUUUGUGCCAAUACCAUGGACUGGUGCAUCUUAAAUGCAUAUCAACAAUAAAUAUGAAGUACAAACGUGAA